UUGUCAAAGUUAAUUUAAAAAAUAUGUAAGUUUCGAGACCAACCUUAUUUUGUACAAACUUUGCUGUUAAAUAGGAUAUAAUUGGAUUUACUGAUUAGAUAUUUUAAUACAGAUAAUUUGCAUUCGACAUUUAGAAAAUAUUAAUCUCAUCUGACGAGUCGUUAUGAUGUAAACACAAGAGAAGAAAGUUGGUAGUGCAAAAAUGUUAAAAAACAUUAAAUUUUUUGUCGUAUAAAUAAGAAAUUAAUGUUUUUAUAUCGACUUUGGAAGAACUGUGUGUAAUUAAUGUUUAUUAUGUGAAUUUUAAACUCAAAUGGACAACAAAUAAGUGAUUUUUGUAUCAGAAAUUACAACCACUGACCUAGUUUAGAAAUAUAAGAAAAAUAUUCCAAAAUGGGUGCAACUUUUUCUGCACAAACACAAAACAUUGUAAAUAACGUUACUGGUUACGUUACUGGUAAGAAGCGUAAACAUAGUGAAUCAGAUGAGGAAGAGGUCAAUAAGGUUAUUGAUAUUGCUCUUCAUACUCCAAAAAGGAAAAAGUUGGUUAGCACCGCAAAAUACAUAUAUCAAGCGCUUUUUAUGGAAGGAAAAAAUUCAGAUGUGACAGUAUGUGCUUUAGGCGAAGAGUUCAAUUUGCACAGGGUGUAUUUGUGUCAGAGUCCAUACUUUGCAAGUAUGUUUGGAGGGUCUUGGUUAGAAACAACACAAAAAUUUAUAAAUAUUGACGUGGUGGAUCCACUGAUAACUAUUGACUCAUUAAAAGUUGUAUUAGGUUCCUUGUAUAACUGUGAAAUAGUUCUAAAUCCUCUAGAAAUCGUACCAAUCUUGGCAACUGCGACUAUGUUCCAACUGGACGGAUUGAUUGAAAAAUGUACAGAAGUUAUGUUGGAAACGAUAAAUCCGAAGACCUCACUGGAUUAUUAUAAUGCCGCAUGUCAGUAUGGUGACAAAAAACUUCAAGAAGUGUGUUUUAAAUGGUUUUUGGUCAAUCUAAUGCCUUACUACUUUAGCCAUCCUUUAUCUGAACUUAAGACCAUUCCGAUAUCACUUAUGGCUAAGUUGGUCUCUCAUCCCGAUUUGUUUGUUAUACAAACUGAGUAUUCCAUAUACGUUAUGUUAAAAUAUUGGGUGUAUCUUCACUUGUAUCCGGAUACUGGAGAACCAUCAAUUACCACUGUAAAUGAAUAUUUUUGUUCAAGGACUGAUAAGUUGCCCUAUCUUCUAACAAGUGAAGGCAAGCAAUUCAUGUCGGUAUUCCAAGGGCUAAGAUUACAGAAUCUUGUGUCUCACCAGUUGGACGUUUUAUUAAUUUUACGUGACAAUAUUAUUCCUAAAAUUUGGUUGGAUCCUGUGAUUUUACAGCAGUGGAAGAACGUUUUACGGGUUAACCAAAAUGAUGACAAGGGUCCGAAUGAUAUACCUGACGAAGUGUUCCUCGGAAAUAGCUUGAGAUGUGGAAGAGUACUAUCGGUGAACGAAAGGCACGUUUGGAGGUGGACAGGAUUCCAUUUUGGAGUGGAUCUUCUCAUGAUAACCGACGGAUUGACUUUAUCCAUUAAAAGGAAUCACAGGUCCGAAUUUGAACAGUUGCUGAGUUUACAAACGUCGAGACACGUAGCUAUAAGAGUUACUGUGGUGAGACUUAACGAACAGAGACAGAUCGUUUACAUGAAACAGUCGGACAUAUUAAAAAUUCCUUUGGCCAAAGGCGAGGAGAUACAGAUUAUGUCCUUCGACAAAGAUCUGGAAUAUCCCAUAAUUAUAUCGGCCAACAUAAUGUACACUUCGCCGGAUAACCAAGAAAAUUUGAUAGAAGAAAGUAGACAAACCGUGUCAUAACGAUUAUUAUUUUGUAUACGUUUUUGUACAAAUAACUCUAAGCUAUUUUCCAUAUUUAAGUAAAAAGGGAUUUACUUACCUGGCGACAGUCAUUAGGUGGGAAGAUGAAGGGUUGGCUUUAAAAAGUAACAGUGUUUAUUCAUGUGACUAAAUCUAGUAAUAUUUUCGUAUUGAAGAUGUGACUGUGAUGCGAGCUAUGCUUAGGAAUCCGAAAAUGACACAAAUUUUUAGACAUUUUUGUAAAGAUGCGCUUUAUUCGGAGUUACCAGUCGAAUUUUACUAAUUAGGAAUUUUUGUUCUAUUGCAAAAAUCCAUGAGAGGUGUAAGUGAAAUCCUGUGAAACAUGCAAAUAUAAAGAGUGAUCCUAAGUCGUCUCUCGAUAUUUUCAGGGGGUAUAUCAAAAAAUAAAAGUAUCUUUUUUCGUUAACUUUUUUCCAAAAAUAGAUAUUAACGGAGAUACACCGAAAGGGAUGGUAGAUUAUAUAUUUUUUAUGGGAUGUUAUUCGUAUUCAUAUUAGAGAUGGGCACUAAAGUGUGUUACGGACAUGUCGGGAAAAAUACUUUUGACUUUGAAUCUAAUAAGGCUCCUAUGAGUGAUGUCAUGUUUUCGCAGGUUGUUUGAGGGUACACAAGGCAAAAUAUUACUUUUAUUCUAAUGAAUAUGCGUCGAUAUAUUUUACUUAUUACCUACCUUUAGACUUUUAUAUAAACUGGUUUCUAAUUUUCCCCGGACAGCCAAUACACUUAUUUAAAUGUUUUUGCAUCCUACUGGAAUUCUUAAAAUUGUUUUUGAGCAGAUGUUACAUUUAU